UCCGCCAACUCUGCCCCUGACGGCUUCCACGCCUCUGCUCCCAGAGACGAGCCCCUCACCAAGACUGGCCACCAGCCUGGAAAGCUCGUCGGUAACGACGCUGUUCCUGAGUUCCACGCCCAGACCCUUCCUGCUGGCUCCGCUCCCGCUAAGAGCACCUUCCAGCCCAACAACGAGGCCGAUGCUACCCCUCAGCAGGGCGGUGUCUCUGCUUCAAGCACCAUCGUCGGUGCCACUUCCCAGGAUGUUCACGCCGGUCUUGGCCAGCCCAUCCAAGGCCAGUCCUCUGCUGAGCUACACCACGACGGUCAAUCGCACAGGAAGAACCCCGGCCAGGGCGGUAACGAUGGCCAGAAGACCACCAUCGAGGCCAACACCGUCGACUCUCGUCUCCCCGAGCACGCCAUCCACCGCAACCCCGAGAGCGAUGUCAUUGGGGGCACCCGUAGCAACAUCCCCAGCGCUGAGGAGAGAAUCCCCGACUCUGCUUAA